AGUGGUAAGGCUACAUCGGUCUUUUCGCUCUGCACAAAAGGAAAAUCGCCUUCACGUCAACACUGACUUUUUCACGUGCGUCCUCCGGUUUACUUGUUGUCCAGAAAAGCUGAAAAGACUCGCGCAGCCCACCCAGGGACGCCAAAUUGUCGUGGAAAUUAGACAACACUUGCAGACUCGUCCUCUGAAGAGCUGGAGAAGCUGAGGAUGGCGCGCGGGUGCAUGUGCUGUGUCAAAUACAUGAUGUUCCUCUUCAACCUGAUCUUCUGGCUGUCAGGAUGUGGUCUGCUGGGAGUAGGGAUCUGGCUCUCCAUGUCUCAGGGGAGCUUUGCCACAUUCUCUCCCUCCUUCCCCUCACUCUCAGCCGCCAACCUGGUCAUCAUCCUGGGCUCCAUCGUCAUGGUGACAGGCUUCCUGGGCUGGAUGGGCGCCAUCAAGGAGAACAAGUUCCUGUUGCUGAGUUUCUUCAUUGUCCUGCUGAUAAUUCUGCUGGCAGAGUUGAUUCUGCUCAUCCUCUUCUUUGUGUAUACAGACAAGGUGAGUGAGUACGCAAAGCAGGACCUGAAGGAGGGUCUACAGCUGUACAACUCCGACAACAACGUCGGCCUGCGCAACGCAUGGAACAUCAUCCAGUCUGAGUUGCAGUGCUGUGGUGUAACUGGAUACACCGACUGGUACGAUGCCCUCCCUGACAAGACAGUCCCAGACCGAUGUUGUCAGGAGUAUUAUAAAGAUUGUGGGCGCAAUGCCAGUACCGUCUUCUGGUCUCAGGGCUGCUACGGGAAGGUUGUGGACUGGCUGGACGAUAACAAACACCUCUUGGGCACUAUUGCUAUGUGUGUGUUGGUCAUACAGCUCCUCGGCAUGGCGUUCUCCAUGACCCUGUACCAGCAGAUUCACAGAACGGGGAAGAAGUACAGUGCCUAAAGGAAAGGAAAGGACUUAAACCUCAUUAAUAAAAAAAUAAAAUAAAUAAAACACUACAGCAGUCCCAAAACCUUUAUAGUCCAUUCUGCUUCCUGUGUUUUCCCAUUUCUGGACAUUACCAAGAAUUCUAGACUGUGUGUCUAUACAUUAAAUCCAGUAAGAUUUUAUUGUGUAUAUUUCCAAACACAUGGUAAGGAAUGGUUCUAGGCAGAAAUAAUAUUUGGAUGGAAGCGGAUGCAAAUAUUUUGGAGAAGAAAUGUUGGCUCCUCGUGUACAGCAGGAUUAUUAAACCACCAUGUUUCCACUGUUUGUAUAAUGCAUUCCCUUAUCGAGGAAUUUAUGGGAUUUAUUACUCAACGCUGAGGACUGCCUAUUUGUACAAUAAUGUACCUUGUCUUUCACUUGCUCUCACACUCAUACAUUGUUUCUCAUAUAUUGAUUAUAAAAGCAUGUAACGCAGAUCUCUUUCAAGGAGCUAACUGUAUAGUUGCACACAUUGUUCACUUGCUCUGUUUAUCCUAUAAAUAGAUGAAUAUAAUCCUGUUUAUCAUG